GGCUGGGAUCAGUUGUUCAUUCACUAGCUUGUCUCCACCCUCGCGGAUCCAUUCAUCACUGGAAUAAAGCAAGAUCACACACACUGUCACCUUGUUUGAGAUUCACCAAGGGGAGGACGACAGGAGGGCCCUGACUCAGGAAGUAUCUACUUUCAGAACUUUGCACAACUGGACUCCAAACGCUGCCGUUCACGGUCGACGCCUGUUGUCCGUGAGGGAGGGAGACAGCGGCAGAGAGAGGAGGGUGGAGAAGGAGGAGGUGAUGAUGGUGGGUGUGUAGGGGUGACACCCUCCUGCAGCAACCCUGCCCACCGCAACCAGGCUCUCGGGCACACGCAUGGCGCCGACGGGCCGUGAUGCUGCGCUGUGUGCGGAUAAAUGACUUGGAUCUGCGCUGUGGGGCUUCAAAGCAUGGGCAGGCUGCGGACAGAGAGCAGGAGGCUCACACACACACACACACACACACACACACACUGCUGUCACACACUGUGGAUGUACAACAGGCUGCACAUUUUCAACAUGGAGUAUCUGUUUUGUUUUUUUCGAGUUUUUGUAGACUAAUAAUCUAAUAUAUAUAUUUUUUAUGGAUACAAUGUUCUUUUUUUGUUGUUGAUUUUUUCUCCCCUUUGUCUUUUCAAGAAAUCUAUUUCACAAAGGCCGAUGAAUCAAGAACAGAACUAGGAUCCCUAACAUGGAUGUGACACUGGAGGGGAUUAGCCCAGAGACCCUCAGAGCUCUGCUCCUGGCGUGCGUGACGCUGCUGGUCUCCCUCCACCUGUGGCGGUGGCUCCGGCAGCGGGCGGCGCCCGGCCUGCCCGGUCCCGUCGCCUGGCCGGUCAUCGGCAACGCCGCGCAACUCGGCAACGCACCGCACCUGUACUUUGCGCGCAUGGCGCAGAAGUACGGCGACGUCUUCCAGAUCAAGCUGGGCUCGCGCACCGUGGUGGUGCUGAACGGGGACUCCAUCAAGCAGGCGCUCGUGAAGCAGGGACCGGACUUCGCCGGCAGACCGGACUUCACCUCCUUCCAGUGCGUCUCCAACGGCAACAGCCUCGCGUUCGGCACCGUCACCGACUGGUGGAAGGUGCACCGCCGCGUGGCCCAGUCCACCGUGCGCAUGUUUUCCACCGGCAACCCGCACACCAAGAAGACGUUCGAGCAUCACGUCCUCUGCGAGGUGCAACAGCUGCUGCAGCUGUUCGUGGGGAAGACGGAGCAGCACCGGUAUUUCCAGCCCAUGACAUAUCUCGUGGUGUCCACGGCGAACAUCAUGAGCGCCGUGUGCUUCGGAAACAGGUACUCGUACGAGGACGAGGAGUUUCGGCAGGUGGUGGGCAGGAACGACCAGUUCACCCAGACGGUGGGGGCGGGCAGCAUGGUGGACGUGAUGCCCUGGCUCCAGUACUUCCCCAACCCCAUCAAAACCAUGUUCGACAACUUCAAGAGGCUCAACCUGGAGUUUGGCAUCUUCAUCCGAGACAAAGUCCUUGAGCACAGAAAGACGAUCGAGUCGAGCACCGUCAGGGACAUGACGGAUGCGUUCAUCGUGGCACUGGACAGACUAGACCAGACGGGACUGACAGGGGGGGAGGACUUCGUGACCCCCGCUGUUGCAGACAUAUUCGGAGCGAGUCAAGACACACUGUCGACUGCUCUGCAGUGGAUCAUCCUCAUACUUGUCAAGUAUCCUGAGAUGCAGGUCCGUCUCCAGCAGGAGGUGGACAAGCUGGUGGGCCGCAGCCGACUCCCCUCCAUCGAGGACCAGCCGCAGCUGCCGUUCAUCAUGGCCUUCGUCUACGAGGUGAUGCGCUUCACAAGCUUCGUCCCUCUCACCAUCCCGCACUCGUCCACCAAAGACACCUCCAUCAUGGGCUACCCCAUACCAAAGAACACGGUCAUCUUCGUCAACCAGUGGUCCAUCAACCACGACCCGGCCAUAUGGUCCCACCCGGAGACCUUUGACCCCCAGCGCUUCCUGGACCAGAACGGCGCGCUCAACAAGGACCUGACCAGCAGCGUGCUCAUCUUCUCCCUGGGCAAGCGGCGCUGCAUCGGCGAGGAGCUGUCCAAGGUGCAGCUGUUCCUCUUCACAGCGCUCAUCGCCCACCAGUGCCACAUCACCACCGACCCGGCCAGGCCGCCAAUAUUAGACUACAACUACGGUCUGACACUGAAGCCUCACGCCUUCUCCAUAGCAGUGUCUCUGCGUGGCAACACGUCACUGCUGGAUGAGGCCACGAGGCAGGGCCCCACUGAGGAGGUCAAAGGCGAGCCCUCAUCAGACUCACCGACAGAGAGCGAAUAAAACAAUAAAGUAUGACAAGCAAAAAUAAAUGAAGGCUGAAAAACAAAAAGACUUAUGAACUAUAGUUCAUGUUUGUGAGCUAAAAAUAAUACUGUAUUUAUAAGCUGAAAUCUCAGGAUAAAAUUUGCAUCCUCCACACGUUUUAAAGACUUAACACUGAGGAGAGAGCGAUUAAAUGGAUUUGAUCACUGAUGGAUGAUUUAUUGCGAAGUAUUGUAGUGCCAGACAGAAACAGAUGUGGCAUGCGUUUCACAGGAGACAUGGCUUGUAGUGCUAAAACGCCACGUCUCCCGCAACCAGCAGUUCACCUGGGAUGAAUCUCUUUCCAACAUCAAACGCAAUCGGACAGACCACUUAGGAAACAGCAUCAUCUUUUGAUUCAUGGAGGCGGAGGACUCCAGUCAGCUGCACAUCACCGGCAAACAGCCGCAAACAGACCUCGGUGCAGGCAACAGGCAGCGACACAGGCCUGAACAGCUGCUGUGCAACGCAACCUGGUGAUUUUGGUGUGGAUGCCAUUGCUGGAGAAUUUACUAGGGACUUCUUGGGUUUUCAUGCUCUCUAUGAAAUCUUUUUGCCAUCAGAUUAAAAAAACAAAACUCCAACAGCUCAAAAAAUAUUUCGCAGCUUUUCACGAAUUCCUUUAAUUUAGCCCCCAUAUUUUCAAUACUUCUAAUAAUGGGUCCAGAUCCUUCAAAUGCCAUACCAAACUCCUCAAAACAUACACAAAAUAUGUGCUAUUUGAAAGUUAAACCAUAAAAAAGUGGAGAUUCAAGUGACAAAAGCACCAGGUCGUCUGCAUGAACAGGUGAAUAAGCUCAUGGAGAGCUGCAGCCCUCAACACUGCUGCCUACUAAUAUAAAAUCUUUUGUACUAACGUCUAGUUUUUGAUAUAUAUAUAUAUAUAUAGCAUAAAAGCAUAGUUACUCAGGAAUAAGGCCUAUAACGCUUUUCUACAGUCGUCUAAUAUAUUAUGAAACUGACUUUAGUUGCUGUUUGACAGGACAGGGCAAAGGAACAUCAAGGUUACACCAGACCUAUGAACUGUUGUCGCAUGCACGUGUGAAAAGACUAAUCAGUGUUACUUUGGCUCAUUAUUAUCGAUGUGUGAGAUGUUAUGUUGUAGGAUGCUGCUCAAUGGAAAAAACUUUUUAACCCAUCAUUUAAUUUAGAUGCCAGUGACCAAAUUAUUCCAACUUAUUAUUAUUUUGAUCAGCAGACCUACGAGAGUAAUGUCAAUUUACUGGUGUACCAGUGAACCCACUACUGAAAUCAAAUCUUGCAGAACGUUGGCAUUAGUUACCACGUCUUGAGGGGACAAGAUACUGUACAGUGUAACCGCUACACUCCAAGGAAUACCUCAUAUCCAAACUGUACAAUAUCUUGACCUCAAAUGCUUCUUUGAUAGAACUAAACUUAGGCGAGUGAAACUUUUAAGGCUACCUGACAUUUACCACUGCUCGGUCAAGCAUUGCAGUAUUACUAAGCUUUUUUCACGACUACACAUUAACUGCAGAUGUGAUUUUUUUCCUCUUCUGAGUAUUUCUCAAAGCCACUUGCGUGAGAGUGGUUUCACCUAUACUGUACUGUACAUAAUAAAUACACUUUAACUAUU